GGGAUUCCUCCAUUGCCAAAAUAAUGACUUUCGAGUGUGGCAGUGAGAAGACGGCACUGCGAGCCCGCUGCGACCGCGUGCCGCCCUCGGAGCCCGGGGACUGGGCAGCAUCCGCCCUGCACCUCGCCGGCCUCGCAGCCCUGCACCACGACGACCUGCCACUAGACCCUAGAUCCUGGGGCCGCGGUGAGGUGGGGCGGUGGGUGUCACGUCGUGGGGGGCUCCCCGAGCGGUUCCCCAUGAACGGGAAGGCGCUCUGCCUCAUGACCCAGGAGAUGUUCGCCAGCCGCGUGCCGCACACUGGACACCUCCUCUAUCAGGAUUUCAGAAAAAGAUUAUCAAAGGCGUUGGCGCUUCAAGAUUUAUUUGAGAAAAUAUCACCGAAAUAAAAUUCACUCACUAAAAGGAACGCAGUUCUGCUACUUAUGAAAUAAUAGUGUAUUAUAAUCGGACAAGAAUUUACGUAGAGUUUAGAAGGGAAUGUAAUAGUGCAUGUGAUUUUACACUUUUUAUAGCACCAUAGAGGUUAUGGUAGUGAACAAAUAUGGCGACGCUAUUUUGGCGGGAAAAUGUAGAGAUGAUAAGGAGCAGGGGUGGAUCUACCUACGGGCUUUAUGUGCAGGGCCCCGCGGAUAAGGGGCCCCUGUCCCCACUGAAAAUAAUAGGGGAUAUUUAGAUCAAAAAAUCUGUAAUAUUA